AUGGUAGAGACCAUGAUACCGGGGACAGGGGUAGGGAGGCAUUUUCUGUUGGUCAGGGGAGACAAAGUAAGCAUAUUGUCCACCUUCCUCGCUCCCUUCAAGUACCUAAGUCCUGGCACCACAAACACGGAGGAUGAAGACAAUCUAAGUACCAGCAGUGCCGAAGUGAAGGAAAACCGCAAUGUCAGCAACCUGGGGAUGAGGCCCCCACCUCCUGGAGAAUGGACAAGAGGUGGUGCACCCAGCAUAAAAAGGAAAAGGCCCCUGGAGGAAGGGAACGGGGGCCACUUGUGCAAACUCCAGCUGAUCUGGAAGAAGCUCUCAUGGUCAGUGACCCCCAAGAACGCCCUGGUCCAGCUGCACGAACUGAAGCCGGGCCUGCAGUACCGGAUGGUGUCACAGACGGGCCCGGUGCAUGCCCCGGUCUUUGCGGUGGCAGUAGAAGUGAACGGCUUCACCUUUGAGGGCACAGGGCCCACCAAGAAAAAAGCGAAGAUGCGAGCAGCGGAGCUGGCACUGAAGUCCUUCGUGCAAUUCCCCAACGCUUGCCAGGCCCACCUGGCCAUGGGCAGUGGCACAAGCCCGUGUACAGACUUCACCUCGGACCAGGCCGACUUCCCAGACACACUGUUCAAGGAGUUUGAGCCGUCCACACCGAAUGAGGACUACCCAGUCUGCCGCCCCGUCGACACCGAGCUGCUGUCCACUGCCUACCGGCACGGACGGCUGCUCUACCACACCCUGGACCUGAUGGGCCAGGCCCGGCCAGACAGGCCCAGGCCGGCCCCAACCGCCCCAGGGGAGAGGAACCCGGUGGUGGUGCUGAACGAGUUGCGCUCCGGUCUGCGGUACGUGUGCCUCUCGGAGACGGCCGAGAAGCCGAGGGCCAAGAGCUUUGUCAUGGCCGUGUGCGUGGACGGGAGGACGUUCGAAGGCUCAGGACGCAGCAAGAAGCUGGCCAAGGGCCAGGCCGCGCAGGCCGCCCUACAGGCCCUCUUCGACAUCCGGCUGCCGGGCCACACUCCCAGCAGGAGUAAAAGUAACCUCUUGCCACAGGAAUUCGCCGACUCCGUGUCCCAGUUGGUGACACAGAAAUUCCGCGAGCUGACAGUCGGCCUGACAUCAGUGUACGGCCGCCACAAAGCACUGGCAGGAAUCGUCAUGACCAAAGGCUUGGACGCCAGACAGGCACAGGUCAUCGUCCUGUCCUCAGGGACCAAGUGCAUCAGCGGAGAGCACAUCAAUGACCAGGGGCUGGUGGUCAAUGACUGCCAUGCAGAGAUCGUGGCCAGGAGGGCAUUUCUUCACUUCCUCUAUGCUCAGCUGGAGCUGCAUCUCAGCAAGCGGCGAGAGGACUCCGAGAGAUCAAUAUUUGUGCGGUUAAAGGAGGGAGGCUAUCGGCUGCGAGACAACAUUCUCUUCCACCUGUACGUGAGCACUUCCCCCUGCGGAGACGCAAGACUCAACUCUCCCUACGAAAUCACCACAGACAGGAACAGCAGCAAACACAUCGUCAGGAAGUUCCGCGGGCACCUGCGCACCAAGAUUGAGUCCGGGGAAGGGACGGUCCCCGCCCGGAGCCCCAGCGCAGUCCAGACCUGGGACGGCGUCUUGCUGGGGGAGCAGCUGGUCACCAUGUCCUGCACAGACAAGAUCGCCAGGUGGAAUGUCCUGGGACUACAAGGCGCUCUCCUCUGUCACUUCAUUGAGCCCGUGUACCUCCACAGCAUCGUCGUGGGGAGCCUACACCACACGGGCCACCUCUCCCGGGUCAUGAGCCACAGAAUGGAGGACAUCGGCCAGCUGCCCACCUCAUACCGGCACAACCGACCCCUUCUCAGUGGAGUGAGUAAUGCCGAGGCACGGCAGCCAGGAAAGUCUCCCCACUUCAGCGUGAACUGGGUCGUGGGCAAUGCGGACGUGGAGAUUAUUAAUGCCACCACGGGAAAGAGGAGCUGCGGGGGCUCCUCCAGGCUCUGCAAGCACGUGUUCUCUGCCCGGUGGGCGCGGCUGUAUGGUAGGCUUAGCACACGGAUACCAAGGCACGGAGACACACCAUCCAUGUACUGUGAGGCCAAGCUGGGGGCGCACACCUACCAGUCUGUUAAGCAGCAGAUGUUUAAGGCUUUUCAGAAAGCAGGGCUUGGCACCUGGGUCAGGAAACCACCGGAGCAAGAUCAGUUUCUACUAACUCUCUAA